GGACUUCGAAAGACGAUCGAUUGUCCUCCGAAAUACGGGUGGGAAACCCUAUGUGGUACCAAUGAGACUGACCCUUCGUACUACCGCUAACAUAGCCCCACGAGUUUCUCCCGCGAUGACAAGGACCCUUCGCAUGAUUACCUGGGACAACGGGCAGACAUCCAAGGACGCAGACAACAACGAUGAUGAUGAUGAUCCCGUAAUCCUGGAGAUGGCACAAGAACGUAUCUAUUACCCCGUGCAACGGAUAAAUGCUAAAGCGUCGAGCAGGAUUAACCAAGAUUUGCAGAGAACACAGGCUAUGAUUAUGGGAGAACCUCUCGUACAGAUUUCAAGGAUGGUCGAUUCUUUGGAACCCCCUCGAAACCUGUACGAAGGGAUCUCUCCUCUUCUCGCCCGAUACAAUGACAAAAGGCACUACUGCGAUAUCACGGAUUUCUCGAAGUCUUUAUUGACACCCGCAAAAGAAAUUCGAUUGUUACGAUUGGGGGUAGAGAUUAACUCUUUGGAACCCCCUGAGCGCCUUGAGAACGGACUCGGGAUCAAAAUUGCAAGAAAACCUGUGUCGUGGCAAGACAUUCGAGACGGGUUGCUGAUCAUCCAGGCUUGGAGGACGGAUGUGGAGGGCGAUCUUCUCGGGUUCCUGUUCGGAUCGGUGCGGCCUGGCCAUCGCCAACUAAUCGUGCAGGAGCUCACAGUUCCUCUCGCGCAGUUGGUUGACCUUCUCCCCCUUGAUAUCGUCUCGCAGAGCGACGAGAGCCCGGUCCCGCACGUCCUCACACGAACGCUGACGCCGUACCUUCAGUGGUCGGCGUGCCUAGAGGAGCCGGGAAGCGGCCGCAACCCGCCAUCGCAGCGGGGAUAUCUUGACCCACAUGAGAUAAUCGACCUCGCUUUCUUCCAAGCUCGAACGGCCUCUGAAGACGAGGAGUUAGCGAUCGAAGAAGAAGAAGAAGAAGAAGAAGAAGAAGAAGAAGAAGAAGAAGAAGCUGCUGAGGAGGACGACAAGGAAGAGACACCGGAAGAGGGGAGUUAUAGUGAACACAGCAAAGGAGAGAAGAGUGAGGAGGAAGAAGAAGAAGAGCAAGGCGAAGAAGAGGAAGAGCUAGAGCUUGAAGAAUCUGAGUGGGAGAUCUCGGCGGUGGAGGCGGAACAAACGGACGCUCAAGCAGAGGACCCCGAGGUGGCAGGCAAGAGAGAGGAGAUCGCGGUCGGAAAGCGACAGCUGGAAUUCGCCAGCGGAGCAAAUUUGCAGCUCGCCGACGAUCUGGCCCGAGAUCUGGAGCCGCCCAAACCCGAAGAUGGAGACCCAGCGGCCGAGACUUCGAGCGCACCGGCAAGGCGGCGACAAAGCCGAUCCCCCUCCCCCUCCACCUCCGACUGUCCACCAGUCCGAGCCAAUACCGAUGCGGGCCAUCGGGCUUCGUCCCCGAUCGUUAUCCCCCCGUCCCCUUGACCAUCUCACCCUCCGCCAAAUCACCACCCGUGUCACCUUCCCCCAUAAU